GUUCAAGAUUUUGAGCGGAACGGAUUGAAUCUUACCUCAACCAAGAAGGAGGAAUUGCAACGUUUGAGGGCUCAAAUAGAUGAGCUAAGUAUGCGAUACAUUCAAAAUCUGAAUGCUGAUAGUACAGUUGUUCUUUUCAAUGAUAUGGAGCUAGCUGGCUUGCCUCCAGAGUUCCUUAAGGGCUUGGAUGUUGAUGACAGUGGUAAAUUCAAGGUUCUAUUAAGAAGCCAUCACGUGUCACCCAUCUUAGAGUUAUGCAAGGUAGGGUCAACCAGAAAGUCUGUAGCUGAAUCUUAUGGAAGGAGAUGCGAAGUAAAUCUUUCUAUAAUGGAAAAGCUGGUUCAGUUGCGUCAUAAACUUGCCAGAUUACUUGGCUACCUAAACUAUGCUGAAUAUGCUGUUGAUCUUAGGAUGGCAAGCUCAUCAGCAAAGGUAUUUGAGUUCUUAGAGAAAAUAUCUGGAAGCUUAACCGAGUCAGCUUCAAAGGAACUUUCUAUGUUAAAGGACCUUGAAGGUUUGCUUAGAAAAGAGGAGGGAGAUUUUGCCUUUGGAAUUGAGGACCUACCUUACUAUGUCAAGAAGAUUAAAGAAAAGCAGUGCGAUCUUGAUUUUGGAGUUGUCAAACAGUAUUUUCCUGUCAGUUUAGUCUUAUCCGGAAUCUUCAAAAUAUGCCAAGAUCUAUUUGGCUUAAGAUUUGAGGAAGUUAUAGAUGCAGAAGUUUGGCAUCAGGAUGUGCAACUUUUUUCAGUUUUUGACUUGAGUUCUGGUGAACUUAUUGGUUACUUUUAUCUUGAUUUAUACACCAGGGAAGCAAAAUAUGGCCUCACCUGUGUCGUUCCUCUUCAAAAUGGUUCAUGGAUCAACAACACGAGACAGAUUCCAGUGGCUUUGCUGAUUUCUCAAUUGCCAAAGGAAGUUGAUGGACAUCCUGGAUUGCUGAGAUUCUCUGAAGUUGUAAACUUACUCCACGAGUUUGGACACGUGGUUCAUCAUACCUGCAACCGAGCAACAUUUGCUCGAUUUUCUGGCUUGCGCUUGGAUCCAGACUUCGUGGAGAUCCCCUCCUUGCUUUUAGAAAAUUGGUGUUACGAAAGCAGCUGUCUUAAACUGAUCUCCGGCUUCCAUCAGGAUAUCACAAAACCUAUCGAGGAUGAGAUAUGUAAAUCGCUCAAGCGAUGGCGGAAUUCCUUCUCAGCACUCAAGUUGAAACAAGAAAUUCUUUAUUGUCUCUUUGAUCAAAUAGUACAUUCCACUGAAAAUGUAGACAUGAAUGGAUUGUUCAAGCAUCUUCAUUCCAAGGUUAUGCUAGGUUUGCCUAUGUUAGAAGGAAUAAAUCCAGCUUCAUGCUUUCCUCGGACUGCUAUCGGCUAUGAAGCUACUUGCUACAGCCGGAUAUGGAGCGAGGUUUUUGCUGCGGACAUAUUCGCCACGAAAUUUCAAGACGUUUUGAACCAGAGUGCCGGCAUACAGUUCAGGAACAAGGUUUUGGCUCCCGGAGGUGCAAAAGACCCUCUUGAGAUACUGUCGGAUUUUCUUGGAAGGGAACCAUCGAUACAAGCUUUUGUAGACAGCAAAUGUUAUUCUCUUUAGCAGGCGCCAAGAAUAACUAUAGAUGCAAUAUGCAUAUCACUCUUUCUCUACAUAUAAAUGACUAUUAUCUCUAUAUUGUUUCAUCCAA